CCAAGCCAAGACGGUUGGGUUGGAGCUGGGAGAGGGAUGCUUUUCUCAAAGCCUUCCGGGCGGGGGGCGGAUUAGGGCAGAUCUGCCGAAGGGGAUGGGCUCUGCCUGGGGUUUCCAAAAAGCUUGGAAUGCUUUUUGUGAAACAGCAGCCCGGGAACUCAACGCUUCUCAUUCUGGCAAGAAGAAACCCUAGGUGGAGUCCUUGACUGGUGGAGGCAUCUCUCCACACCUCUUGUACUACAGACCUUAUUGCCUACGCCAGUUGCAAUGCAAGAUGUAGGGUGGGCAAAGCUGAAGGCUGCUUUAUCCGAGGAGAAUGUGUGUCCUGGUGGUGACAGAUCAGGAUAAUUGACAGAAGCAUGAGAAACCUGAAGCAAAUUUUUUUUGUUUAAAGACAGUAGUGUUCGAGUUUUCCCUCACUUUGAUGUUCUGGAACACUUGAUAGGUUUUGCAUGUAAACAAAGAAGAUCGAUAAUUAGUGGACAGUGGAAGGCCAACAUCUUAUUCAUAUUCCAGAAGACAUGGCUCUGACAGUUGAAACGGAAUCUCAGAUUUACCACUCUCUCAGGACUGUCUUUGGUGCAGCCGCACACCUGGUUUCUCUUGGAUUCACUAUUGUCAUGGUGGUACUCACCAGACCUGGAUCAAGUUUGUUCUCCUGGCAUCCUUUCUUAAUGUCUCUUGCGUUUUCCUUCCUGAUGACAGAGGCCCUGCUGACUUUCUCUCCAGAGAGCUCCCUCCUCCGGUCCUUCUCCCGCAAGGCCAAGGUCCGCUUCCACUGGGCUUUACAGCUGCUUGCUCUCAUCUGUGCAUUGCUGGGAUUGGCCAUUAUCAGCUAUAACAAGUACCUCAAUGGUAAAGAGCACUUUGUCACCUGGCACGGCCAGACUGGCUUGCUGACAGUGGUAUAUGCUAGCCUGCAAUGCAUGGGUGGACUCGUCCUGCUCUAUCCCAAGCUGAUGAAGAACUGGACCCUAAGCAAACUGAAACUAUACCAUGCUACAUCAGGACUGAUUGGGUAUCUCCUUGGUUGUGCCAGCUUGAUGCUGGGCAUGUGUUCCCUAUGGUUUUCCACAAGUGUGACUGGAAUCUCCUGGUAUCUAACUAUGCUGUGCCCUAUUCUCACCAGUUUGGUUAUCAUGAACCAAGUGAGCAAUGCCUAUCUCUACCGUAAAAGAAUCCAGCCUUGAAAACAAUUGUAAAACAAUCUGUGUGGCAUCCCAGAAGCAUUUCUGCAUUAUCUGGAAGGAAUCCAUAGCUAUAUACAGGAGUACUGGAACUCAAGAAUCUCUUUCUACCUGCCUCUAACUUUUUAUGGAUUUUUUUUAAUUGCUUCAAUUUUUCCAUAGCAGAGAUGCCUAUGCUGUUGAACCAAGUUUCUUGCAAUCCCAUUGCUGGAACUAUAAUAAUUAUUAGUAUUGUAUAAGAGCCCAAUUUUGCUCUACUGGUACUCCCUCACCCCCUGAAUGAAAUCAGUGGAUAUAUUCUGGUUUAAAUUAUUCUUGAUUGGCCAUGUACAUCUAUGAUUGUAAAUCUAACUUGCUGUAACUUCUUUUUCAUAUUCAUGCUCCGUUCUAAGGCAUGGGCAUUUUUAAACUUCCUCUUUGAAAGGAUGGCUUUUAUUCAAUGUAUUCAGUUUUUGUUUGCAUUGAUGGUCAAUUCUUCCUCUUUUUUUAAAGUCACAUGCUAUGUGAAGGUACAGCAUAUCCAGCUAUAUUAGCUAAAUCAUAUGUGCUGAUCAAGGGCUAAUAAUAUAUUUUACAUUUUUUAAAAAAAGAAUUGCUUUGUGCAGAUGGAAAAUGCAGAAGAAAAAAAACUUCAGAAAAUGAAUAUUCCUUUACCUGUUGUUUUUCUUACUCAAGCCUAUCUGUCCUGCUCCCAAAUACUGUCAUCUCCGAAGGAUUUCAAAUGCAUGUUAGCCUGUAAGAUAGAGACAGCUCUUCAGCAUGAAAGGUAUCAUUUAAAACCAAUGUCCCUCCAUUCUCUAGAUACAUUGGGAUUAUUGUAACUCAAUUCCCAACCAAUAUUCUGACUUUCUGCUCUGCAGUUAAAUGAUGCUGAGCUAUAAAAAGGCACUUUAAUUUAAAGCAGAAAACAGGAACAUACAUUCCUGGAUCCCUGCCAGAAUUUAAAUUAUAGUCAACCAUUUCUGCAGGUUGUAUGCCCUGGCUUAAUGGCAUAAUAGGAAGGUUAGCAGAGCAUAUCAGUGAGUUGCUUACUUUGCUAACACUUUAAUAAGUUUUCAAAAGAUGUGUCCCCUGAAAGCAUAGGAUAUCCUUAUCCAGGAGCAAGUUACCCAUGAGAAUCUAGAUUAUUCUUGAUAUGGCCAUGUAUGUCUAUAAUUGUAAAUUGUAGUGCCACUACAAUUUUAUAGACAAAAGAUGGAAUAAGAAAGGAAAGAUCUAAGGCAGUGUUUCCCAACUUUAAUAUUUUAAGAUGUGUGGACUUCAGCUCCCAGAAUACAUCAGAAUGCUGGCUAGAGCAUUCUGAGACCCAAAUCCCCACAUCUUAAAAUGACUAGGGUUGGAAACACCAGUCUAAGGGUAAGGAAGUAAGCACAAACUAUUUUUAGAAAGAUGAGAAAAUGCAGGGUGAAGAAUACUAUUUUAUCCCUAUUAUUAUAAAAGAAAUAUCGAGGACACCCAGAGUUUUGAAUGACUUUCACAAUGCACAUUUGAUUAUCCCUCUCUCCCUACCAAUAGUAAUAGGGAGUAUCCAAUUUCUCUUCUCCUGCUUGGCAGCUCCUGUCUUGUAAUCUCUCGUAUUUCUUCUCUAACCUUCUCUCAAGUUAUCUUGUUCUUCCUUGCUAUGUACUAUUAUAAACAUUGAACGCUGAUUAAAAAAUACACAUUUUUACUCAGAAGAAAAUUCACUUGGUUUAUAUAUGCAGGUGAAGAUCUAAUAAGGCUUAUCCCACAUGCAAAGAAGAGAUGUGGCAAAAAUUCAAGGGGCCAUGAAUCCAAAGAAAUGUGCAAAAGAUUGGGAAAUAGAACUGUUUCAAUCUCUCUCAACACUUUAUAGUGCAGCUUCUGGGAUGAUCUUGUCCCAGAAGAUGAGUUGAAUCUGUCCCUUGGCAGUAUGCAUUGAAUUUAGAGGUGAUUAGCUGACAGCUUUGGUAGCCAUGAAGUUUCAAAACAUGCUGGCUAAGUUAAAGCUAAAUUACAGUGUGAUUGGUUUUUGUUUUGACUUAAGUUUGUUAAUUAAGCCAUUAUGGCAUUUUUAUGUACCAGGCCACCAUAGUUUAUUCUACAAGUCAUGGUUAAAACUUAAAAGAAACCAAGGUUUAGCAGGAUGGAUGAACCCAUCCCAUAGCACUAACAUAAUGGCUAACAAAGUGUGCUCCUUCAGGUUUCUUUUUAAUUUCUUUUUAAACCACAAAAGGCAAGAACGAGUAACUCUCCUCUUGAGUUUCCACAAUACUUAACUCCUGAACUUUUUUCUCCUAUUGUAUUAUAUAGUUUUCUGUUCUCUAAAGUGGGAUCUUACGGCAAAUUGAUGAUGGAGUGAUGGGAACUGUAGUCCCAAAACUCAACAGGAAACUAGUUGGAGAAUCUGUCACAAGUGACUGCAAACCUCAUCUUUUAGAUUUGUAAAGAAAAAAAAAGGCUUAUCUUCUGCUCAAUAAAUCAGGCAAAGUAUGCUUGAUUUUGACUCAAACUUUUCAAUAUCUGAGUAGUAAGGAAUAAUAGUACUAGAUAGUUUGAUCCUGCAAUUACAGACAGCAAUCUAUUGGCUUGAUUGACAAGGAAAUCUACUCAUUUCUCAAGACUUGGAAUUGUUUCAUAUGCACAGUUAUUUCACAAAAAUAAGAUAUAUCAUGCAAACAGAGCUUGAGAAAAGUUCAUAUGUGAUUAAAUGUAUGUGCAUAAAAGGCAUUUUCAUUCAUCUUUAAUUCUUACAUCAAAGCACUUCUCAAGGCAUCCUGAGGUUCUUAAAGAACUUAGAAAAAGAUUAUGCUUUUUCCUUUGUUUUUCAAAAUGGGGGAUAAUUCUAAUUGCUUUUGUUUUUUUAUCUUGGCUAUCAGCAACAAUUGACCUCCCAUAAUACAUUUUGUUUGUUAACAAACAUUUUGUUAAUGCUUGUUAAAACAAUUUUGGUAACCAUAGUUCCUGCUUAUGUUACUUCCAGGAACUCCUUAUAUAAAUAUAUAUUUGUAUUCUACUAUUGAGAAAGGAUAACACCUGCUUUCCAAAGAGGGAGAAAAAUAAUCACAGAAAAGCUUCUUUAAUGGGGAAAUAAUAUUGUGUCACAGAGGAACUAUUAAUACUGAUGUAUUUAAAGACACUCAUGUUGCAGUCAAUGAAACAGACUAACUUAAGCCCUAUAGUUUUCAAAGACAUGGCCACAGGUAACUUUAGUUACAAUGUAGGCUUUGAUUGCAUUCCCCUCCUGUCCCAUUUUUAAAAUUUAAUUCAGUUUUCUAUUGCAAAGGCAAGAACAAAGAUUGAUGAUCUUGUUAAAAUAUUAUCACAUGGCAUUGUGUAAUGAGUAUGAGAUAUGCUCUUUUCAAGCAUCACCUAAAUGCCUGUAUUUCCAGUGGUACAUAGUUUAGGUAUCUAGCUGCUACUUGUGUUUCAACAUAUAUUUUACCAUACAGUAUUAUAGUUAAAAAAAAACAUACACUAGGCUUAAAAAGUUUGUAUUUGCACUGAAAGCAUAGGGAAGAUUAAUUGUCUCAUAGAUAACAUCAAUGAACAGUUUAUAUAUGGUUUUAAUGCUACUUUUUUGCCCAGUGUCUACUCAUUAAACCGUCAAGUAAUGAUUGCUGCCUUGAUAAGAGGGAACAGAGGUAAUACUUGUUAUCUGAAAACAUCAAAAACAAAAUAUAUGCCACCAAACUGUGUAACCAAUGAACCUACCACUGAAACUCGGGAGUGGGGAAAAGCUUGUAUUUAUGAGCGCUGAAAUAAAGAUUUUUUUAAAAAUGCA